AUGUCGAAGACUGCCGUAUCGUCCUUGAUUAAAUUCUGGCUGCGAUGGAGAAUCCUUUUCUUGAAGGCCAUCCUUGCCAGGAGACACACCCUCGUCGCCUCUCUCUUCGAAAUAUUAAUCCCGAUUAUCUUCUCGGUGCAAAUUCGACUGAUCUUCGAACCUUUAGCUCUGAAGUUACAGGACUUUAAUCAGUUUACGAGGGGCGAACUUUUAUCGAAAAUUCCUAGCAACGCGCAGCUCCGAUACGCCCCGGAAAAUAAUUUCUUGGAUCAGCUGAUGUCGGAAGUUUCGAAAGUCCUGAAUGUUCCUAUAUCGCCGGCAGCGAACGAAGAGGAACUCGUGAUAUCGCAUUAUCAGAAAAAUGGAACGGAGACGGCACUUUGGGCUAUUUUUCAGAACACAGAUAAUUCUGAUACAAAACAUACAAGUUUGCAGUACAUGAUCCGGUCUUCGGAUAUCGGUAAAAGUCGAAUGAUCAUGUACGACGAGAAUGACGCGGAUGACAUAGAUCCAUAUAUAUCCAGUGGAUUUAUCGCUUUCCAGACAGCGAUCGAAAGCUGCUUUCUAAAUCUCUGGAAAAGUCCUAAUCUACCUAUCACAGGCGAACAGUUUACAUUAGGGCGGUUUCCAUAUUUCCAAAUAAAUUUCCUUGUGAUGCCCUCGGUCGUCAGACCGAAUCUCAGUGUCGUUUACUACAUGACCAUCAUAUCCUUCGUUUUCUCACCCAUUUUCACCGUGAACAUGGUAAUCCAUGAUAAAGAGACCGGCUUCAGGGAAUUAAUGCAUCUGAUGAACUUGUCGUUCACCAUGCUGUAUUUAAGCUGGAUUAAUUAUCUAAUGAUAAUAGCUGUCCCAGUGGCGAUCGUGACGACAAUGAUCCUGUAUCCUAUUUAUUCUAAUAGCAGCAUCGCCGUGAUUUUUUUAUUCGUACUGACAUACAUUACCAUGACCUCGUGUUUCAUGUUUGCGAUUGGCACCUUCUUCGGACAUUCAAUGAAAGCGUUACUGACAAGUUUCAUCAUUUGGCUCUUUUUGGCACACUUUACCAUUGUCGUGGACCAGAAUUUGGUACAUUCUUCGCUGCUUCUCAGGAUUUUGUCAUUAUUUCUGCCCCACAGUGGUUUACUCUACGGACUCGUACAAUUAACUUCGAAAAGUGACAUUGAGGACUUUUUGAGUGAAAAAAUGAAACAUUCGAUCAACGAGAGAUCCGUCGAGAGAAGUUACGUGGACAGAUUAAAAAUCAGUUUAAAUCACCUGCUUUCGGGGAAAUUCGAGUUGCACGACAUGUACGAAGUGCUUCAUUCGAACGAUCGCAUCGAUAUCGGUGUCAUCAUUUUUUCCUGGUUUAUUCACAUCGCUCUCUGGUACAGCGUCGCGAUAUAUCUGGACACGAUAAAUCCUGGGAAAUUCGGUAGUGCCAAACUGCCGUAUUAUUUGUGCAAAAGCAGUGGUCCCGAGGACGGGGAAAUCGAUGUCAAUUACAGAGGGAGUACCAAUUGGUCAGCUGUAGAAUAUAUUCCAUCUUUUGUCAAACCUUCCAUCAGGGUCCGAAGAGUCACGAAAAAGUUUGGCAACAUGCGUCAUCGAAUCACUGCAAUAAAUGAAAUGACUAUUGACUUCUACCCAAAGGAAUUCAAUGUCGUUCUCGGACAUAAUGGUGCUGGGAAAAGCAGCCUUUUAAAAAUCAUAAUAGGAAUGUAUAAACCAACUAGUGGAAACAUCUACGUCGGCAGUAACGAUUUCGGGAAGAGAAAAUCCGAGAACAUAAUUGGUUAUUGUCCGCAAGAGAAUAUUUUAGUUCAUUAUCUCACGACGAUGCAACACAUUUAUUUAUUUGGAAUGAUGAAAGGACUGUCUUUCCAAUCCGCGAAGAAGAAAUCAGUUUUUCUUAUGGAGCAUUUAAAUCUGGAUAUGGUGAAGGAUAAGACGAUAAAAAGUCUUUCCUUUGGUGUCCAGAGGAGACUGUGCCUAGCAAUGGCUUUAAUUGGAAAUACCGAGGCUACUAAAAGAGAUAAGACGAUAAUCAUGUCGACCAACUCAAUGGAAGCUGCCGACAUGCUCGCAGACAGAAUUGUCAUAAUCGCGAGUGGCAAAGUCGAAUGUUAUGGUUCCAAAAUGUACCUGAAUCGGCGUUUUGGAAUCGGCUACGUGUUGAGCAUAGUGAUAAAGGAAGGAUGCGACUUAUCGAAAUUGCAAAAUGUGCUGCAAAUUUUUUCUCCAGGGCCAAUUAGUCUUCGAGGCACAAUGGGUCUGGUGGCAAAAUUCGACAUGCCUCGUUCUGCCAGGUUCACGAAAUUAUUUCAACACCUGGACCAGGAAAAGGAGACCUUGAUGAUCUCGUCGGUGGCAUUGAACGCAGCCAGCAUCGAGGGCCCUUUUUUGAGGAUAGGUAUGGCAAGCCAGUUUAAGGAACGUCGAGUGCACUUUCCCAUCGACAAGUGCGAGUGGGUCCUGCAGAAGAGGAGAAGAGACAUCCUGCGAUCUGGAAAUCCUUGGACUCGGGUUUCCGGAAAAGCACUCUGGUGGCAGCAAGUGCGCGGUAUGUUCUACAAAAAGAAUUUACAUAUCAUAUCGGCCUGGAAGCAGUACAUUUUUUCGAUCGUGUGUUCCAUACUUGCCUUCGCUUUGACCAUGCUGGUCAUGAAGAUGAGUACCUUGGAGAUUUUUCGAACUCCAGACGUCGAAAUGAACGUUACGGUAUACACGAGAAAGGAUUUCCAAAUGUUAUAUUAUGCAGCCAAUUACAAAGGCCCGAAGGAAUUCCUCGUCGCUCUGUACAAGACUGGACAGUCUUACGACCUGAUAAAAAAUUAUCACAUUUCAGCCAAUAUCACCGCAUCCGAUUUCAUGAUACACCCUAAUUUGCAUUCUAUCGAGUUUAGAGAUCGAUUUUUUCUCUCGAUUGACAUCUUUGAUAACGGACACAUCAAUAUCAUGCACUCCUCCACCGCGAUACACAGUGCACCGAUCGUGAUAAAUCUGCUGCACAAUGCACUUCUGCGUUAUCACAGCGGGUCUGCGGAUAAUUCUAUCAAGUUGAUAAGUCGGCCGAUAGUAGAUCCCAAACAGUGGCAACAUCGAUUGGUGCACCACCAGACUAUCAGAAAUUUAGAAAAUUCGGCCAUCGCGGUGACUUUGUUCCUCGUUUUGCCGAGUAUUGAUCUGGGAAUGAAGGAAGUCAGGUCUUUGUCGAAAUUAUUGCAGAUGAACACUCACGGGGUGUCCACGGUGAUAUAUUGGAUGCCGAUCUACUUGAUGGACUUUUUACUUUAUUUAUUCUCCUUCCUGGUCAUCGCAUUAAUAUGCUUCAUCGUGUACCACGCAAGAGUGGCCAUAUCUCCCAGAGACUUCCUUCAGAUGCUCGUUAUCUUCUUCUUCUACGGCACGGCUGCAAUUCCAAUGGGGUAUUGCUUGCAAUUGUGUAUUCGCAGAACGGGGACAUUGUAUCUCGCCGUGAUUGCGAUCAAUCUCGUUAUCGUUAUGAUUUUGAACGGAUCCAUUACCAUGCCUUUACUUGCAUAUCUGUUUGGAAAUUUCGGAAAUUAUGCCGGUGAAAUCAUUUUCCAUGCACUUCCGCCGUAUGCACUCGCUUGUGCAGUCAGUAAUUAUAUUACGCUAAGUCUUCACAAUAGACAAUGCGAGGGAUAUAAUUCUUGUAGCACAGAGUUUGGCGUUGAAGAUCCUUGUUGCCAUAAAUGCGGCAAUACAACUUGUUAUGCUCCUUCGGAUGUCAUGGUGGUGAGGCAAUCAGGGAUGGUGUAUUACCACUCAAUAAUCGAUGACGUUUUAAUAAUGAUGUCGCAAACGUGCGGCUUUCUGAUAAUAUUAGAUAUUUUUGAGAAAAAAAAUCGGUCGAAGUGGUUUAUUGCGGAUUCGCACACGAUACCAGUACCUGAAGAUAAUUUACGCGUGGAAAACGUCGAUGAUGUCGUUAGAGAAAGGGAAAAAGUUGACGAAAUUCUAAAAGAGUAUGACGAGACCAAUCGAUUGCCACCGGAUAUAUCUCUUCUGGCUCAUGAUCUGUCGAAAAAGUAUGACGGUGGGAUCAUGCUUAAAGGAAUCACAUUUCAAAUCAAGCAGAAUGAGUGUUUCGGGUUGCUGGGAUUAAAUGGCAGUGGCAAAUCAACGAUUUUCAAAAUGUUAACCGAUGAAGUUAAACCCCUUUCAGGGAGGAUAAUUAUGCCAGGGUGUGAAAUGAAAAAAGACAGGGAUCAGUUCUUUGGAAUGGCCGGAUAUUGUCCUCAAAAUGGAGGCUUGCACGAUUUUCUCACAGGCAGGCAAGCUCUCCGAUUUUAUGCUACUCUUCGAGGUGUACCUGAAAAUGACAUUACGGACGAAGUCAACAAGUGGUUGGACGUUUUAGAACUUCUGGAUUUUGAGAAUCACAGGAUAGAACAGUGCUCCUGGGGAGUUCAGAGAAAGAUUUGCGUGUUGCAAUCGUUGAUUGGCGAUCUGCCGAUCGUCCUCUUGGAUGAACCAUCUUCCGGCAUAGACGUGAUGGCUCGAUAUGCUCUCUGUGAUACUAUGCACCAAAUUCGGGACAUGGGAAGGUCCAUUUUACUCACCACCCACAGCAUGCAAGAAGCUGAAGCACUCUGCCUGCGAGUUGGUAUUUUAGUAGAGGGAAAAUUUAUUGCUACUGGAUCUUGCGAACACCUGAAGCUUAAACAUGGUAACAGCUUCCUGAUGUGCAUUAGAUUGCAACCCGGAGUCAAAGAUCACGUCCUGGAAAUCGUCAAGAGAGAUGUCGAAGAGACCUUUCCUAAUAUUACGUUUAAAGAGAAGCAGUUGGGAAUGCUUAAGUAUGAGAUACCAAACACCAUGCCCUAUGGGAACGUGUUCCACAAACUUGAAGAAAUGAAGAAAACGCAUCUUGUUAUUACCGAUUUUUCGGUGAUUCAGCAAUCGAUGGAUCAGGUGUUCCUUGAAAUUGUUAAACAAUAUCGGGAGGACUGCGUUACUAAUCCGAUAACGUAUUAAAAGUGCUCUAAUAA